UAAAAUGAAAAAUGAAAAUAUGAAUGAGAAAUAUAGGAUGGAUGAUGUUGACGAGUUUAAUGUGAUUUCCCUUGUCAUCUAAGUUUCAUUACUUUUCUCUCUCCCAAAUCUUCAUUGAGACAAUGCCCCAUCACUGCAGAUCCAAAUCCCCAUUUUCUCUCAAUCUCAACAAUAUCACUUUUUUAUUUCCAUGACUCUCACCUUCACUUUUCUAACCUUCAUACUUCUUCGAUUUUCGUUUCUAAUCUAUAUCACUUUUGCUUCUUUCUUUCAGACGUCAAUUCAUUCUUAUUUUACCCAUUUUCUUGCCAAAUCACUCUCUUAGAUUCAUUUUUCUUAUACAUGUAGCUUUUUUCUUUUCUGUAAAAAAAUUCUCAUUUCCUACCCCCACAAAUUGAAUUAUUGUACUUGAAUGCUCACUCUGAUACUGUCAUGUACUUCUCUUUCAUGCCUGUAAUUUCGUUAAUCUGGAGUUAAUUCUGUUUUUUAGGUAUCAAAAUAAUAUGUAGAUGGUGUACUUAGAAAUGUUUAGUUUCUGUUUUCUAAUUUAAGUGUUUGGGUUAAUUAAUAAUCAUGCUUCUCCGAAAAUCCAUGAGACAUCCCUCAUAAUUCACCUUCUUGAUGAGUAGAUUUUCAUUUUGACUCUAAUUGUUUGAAAUUAUGAUGUAUUUGCUGAUUUUGUUUCUUUAUUUGAUUGUAGGAAGAUGCCGAUCAUGUCUCCGCGAUACAAGAACCGUCCAGUUAAACUCGAUGAUUCUAUUUUUCUAGGUUGUCCUUCCUUUAAAAUUGAGGGUGCCAUGCUAUGUGUUGUAUGAUUGAAAUUGAAACCUCCUAGUCCUACUACAUUAUCAUUUAUGGCAUUAUUGGGCGCAAAUGUUCAGUGCAAUGACAAGUUUCCGAGAUACUAUUCAACUAGGGAGCUCAUCUUUGACUCUGAAGGCAGCACAUGGACCUCAUCUAAUGUUAAUAAUGAACUAAGAACUGAAUUCUGUCACAUGGGACCCUUUCCAUUAUCAUCACCUUCUACCCUUUUAGGCUAUAAUCAGGAGCUUGUGAAACAAACAAUACUCAAACAUGAAGCCAUAUUUAAGGAUCAGAUUCGUGAACUCCACCGUGUUUACCAAAAACAGAGGGAAUUAAUGGAUGAAAUUAAAAGGAGUGAAUUACAUAAACAAAAUGUAAGGUUGGAGGCAUCAUGGUCUAGUUCUGCUUUGUCAUCUAAGAACGCCGAAAAUAAACUUUGCACACCAAACCUGCCCUGGUCAGCCUCUCAAUCAUCUGUUUUAUUUGCUGAAAGCAUCCGGUUGCCACUGGUCUUUGCUCAAGAAAAAAACAGGCAUAUUUUUCCUGCUCAUGCUUCAACUGUAACCGAAGAAUCUUUAAAAGAUUACAAACUACCUGAGUCCAAAUGUAAAAAAAUUGGGAAAAAGUUAUUGGAUCUUCAACUUCCUGCCGAUGAGUAUAUUGAUAGCGACGAAGGUGAAGAGAAUGUACCGUUUAAGCUUGACUUAAAUGUGCCAUGUAGGCUUGAAGUAGAGCCAGCUGCAAUGUCUAAUGAUGUGGAGGGCCCUGCACAUCAUACGAACAAUUGUUUGUAUGAUCUAUCAAUGAGAACAAAAUUCGGAUCUCAAAAUUUACGCGGUGAUGUCAUCAACAAAAGACAGGAUCUUGAAGGAUGCUCACAUAAUCAACUGCUAGAAAAUGAGAAGAAAUGUGAAUGGAAGUCCUCAGGGCUAAUUGGUGGCUUGUUUGAUUCUUUUGCUAAAGGUAUUAAUACCGAAAAGCAACCUGUUUCAGUCGAUUCAUUUGGUAAGAAUAUGGAGCAAUUUGAUGACCUUUCAUGUUUCCAUUCAUCGCAUCAAAUCAACCGAGGACCUUGGACAAAGAGAAAGUUUUGUAGCAGUGUGAGCUCUGCACAAACUCAAUGUCCUACAAGUAAUGGUUUGAUUGAGGCAUUGGGGUUGCCUUGUCUUGAAGAAAGUAAAACCUCAACCCAUAUUGAAUCUGUCGUUUUAAAUCCUUAUGAUACAGGAGUUAUACAAGGUUUCAGAUCAAGGGAGAUUGGGGAAAGUAACUUAGGUACAGAGAAGGCUCUUGCAUUUCACAGCAACGGAAAGCCGCGCAUGUCAACCGAUCCACAUUGUUUUCAUGACUUUGCCACCGAAUUCUUCCAAAACCAAUCCAAAAAUCAAAGGAUUGAGGAAAUCGAAAAAGGCUGCAUUUCUGUUGUAAAGUCACCUUGUGUUGAUGUGCCUAACUCAGGGGAGCCGAUUCCCUCAGGUGAGCAUUUGAUGAAGAAUGAGAAGAAGCAUGAAUUUUUGGCAGGUAUUAUCGACCUAAAUUCAAGCAUGAUUGAGGAUGAGAAUAUGCCGAUUGAUGUUGACUUUCAUGCACCCGCAAGUCCAGAAAACAAGGAAUGCUCUCCACCCAGAGGAGAAUCUGAUGAAAACCAGCUUGUGACAUCCUUUCAAUUUGCAAAACAGGAGGAUCACCAUGUGCAAGAAGAGCAAACCAGAAUUGCCGCAGAAGCUUUGGUUUCCAUAUCAGGAUUUGUAGCUCAAAAAGACAUCCAAAUGACAACUUGUUCAUCAUCUGAAUCUUUUAAGAAUAGUCCUCUUAAUUGGUUUGCUGCAAUUGUUUCAACAACAGUGGAUCAUCUAGAGAAUGACAAUGAAACCGAUUUCAACGAUAAGGUUAAUGGUCUCAAGGAGUUUCUGUCUGAUGAAAUGGAUUACUUUGAGUUCAUGACCUUAAAUUUGACAGAUAAAAAGGACCUAGAUUGCUGCUGUAUGAAUAUUGACCAAACCGAGCAAAUUGGUGGAUCGACUUUACCAACUCAACAAAGGAAGAGUGUCCGAACAAAUAGGGGAAGGUGGCGAAAGGAUUUUCAGAGUGAAAUCCUUCCAAGCAUUGCUUCUUUGUCAAGGUAUGAGGUAACCGAGGAUCUUAUGACUAUUGGAAGCCUUGUAAGUGCUGGUACUCACUCCGAGACGUGCUCUCAAAGAAAUGCACAUCAUAAUGUACCAAGUAGGGGAAGGAGAAGAUCAUGUACUUCAACCUCUAACACUAAAGACACAUACUUUUUGUUGAACUUGAAACAGCUAAGUAGCAUCACUAAAUUGGGAACUGAGAAAAAGGGUCUAAUAAGUUGGGGAAAGACAUGUAAAAAGCGAAGGGCGAAGAGAUUUCGCAUCACUAAACCUUGGUUUAUUUGAAGCUAAGUAUAGAACUAAUUCUUAGACUAUGUUCAUUGACCUUGGAUGAGAUUUUUAUGAAGUAUAGAAUGAUUUGUAAAUGUCUUAAUAUAGUAUAGUAGCUGAAGGAUAGAAAAAGAACUCUAUUGUAUAUCCUGGUUUUUUCUCGGGAUUGAAUCCAUCAUAUCCUCUCAUUGCAGGAGAUGGAAUAGUUUUUA